AUGGCGUCUUCUUCUAAAGUAUGCAGAUUAUCAUCGAAGAUACAUUCUUUAACCCAGAAGCUUGGCAAGACGUCCAUACCCUCUCCCAUUAGAUCUUCAUCUCCAUCCUCUGCAACUUCCCAUAUCAAUCGAUCUUUUAGAUUGCCAGUGGAGCUGAGUAGCUGUGUAUCACUGUAUCCGCUACACAGCGCAAUAGCAUCAGCUAGAUUGAUAUCAAGCUUGUCUGUUGAAUCUAAGAGCUGGGGCUUAGUUCCUCAAGGUAUUUCGAUGCCUUUAUGA